AUGGAGGAGAAGGGACUGCAGGACGACGCGCGCUACAGCCAGCUGCUGGCCAUCCGCGCCAAACACCAACAGGCAGCUGGCUACCGGCACCCGAGUCAGAUGAACGGGCCUCGGCCGCCGCCGCCGGGUGCUGAGCGGCCCGGACCGCCCGGCCCCCCGCCGCCGGGCCAGCCGGGAGCGCCGCCCGGACCGCCGCCCGGCAGCAUGUUCCAACAGCAGCAGCUGCAACAACUGAAAGCGCAGAUCAUGGCCUACCGGCUGCUCGCUCGUAACCAGCCCAUUCCCACCAACUACCUGAACCUGGCAAUCGCCGGUAAGCGGCCGGACGCGCCGCCACCGCCGCCACCGUUCAGCCAGAGCCAGCCUCCGGCGGUGCCGCCUGCUGCACCCGCCGCUGCGGCUCCGGCCCAGCCGGCGGCGGCGCAGCCCGGCGCCGUGCUGCAACAGGCCAAACAGAACAAGGUGACGCCGCUGCAGAAGCCGGCCGGCCUGGACCCGCUGGUGCUGCUCAAGGAGCGUGAGAACCGGCUGGUGACGCGCAUCUCGCACCGGAUCGACGAGCUGAGCGGCCUGCCGGCCACGAUGGCCGAGGACGUGCGGCUGCGCUCGCAGAUCGAGCUGCGCGCCCUCCGGCUGCUCAACUUCCAGCGACAGCUGCGCAGGGAGGUAUUGGAGAUGACACGAAGAGACACCAGUCUGGAGACAGCACUACACGUGACCGCCUACAAACGCAAGAAGCGCCAGGGCCUGCGUGAGGCCCGCAUCACAGAGAAACUGGAGAAACAGCAGCGCUACGAGGCCGAGAAGAAGAAACGGCAGAAACACAUGGAGUACCUUGCUGCGGUGCUGCAGCACGGCAAGGAGCUGCGCGAGUUCCACAAGGCCGGCCAGCUGCGGCUGCAGAAGCUGAACCGCGCCGUCCAGGUACACCACGCCAACACGGAGCGCGAGAAACAGAAGGAGCAGGAGCGCAUUGAGAAGGAGCGCAUGCGCCGCCUAAUGGCCGAGGACGAGGAGGGCUACCGCAAGCUGAUCGACCAGAAGAAGGACAAGCGGCUGGCGCUGCUGCUGCAGCAGACAGACGAGUACAUCGCCAACCUCACAGAGAUGGUCAAACAGCACAAGGAGGAGCUGAAGCAGAAGAAGCGCGAGCACGCCAAGAGCGGCGAUGAUGACCCAGAGCACCGGCGUGUCUGCGUGACCAACACAGAGAGCGGCAUGACGCUGGCCGGCGAGGACGCGCCGCUCGCCUCUGAGCUGCAGGCCUGGCUGGAGGCCCACCCGGGCUGGGUGGCCGCGCCUGACGAGGACGAGGAGAUGGAAGUGGACCAGGAGUCGGAGCGGCCGCCCAGGUCGGCCAAGGAGCUCUCCGAACUGAGCGAGGAGGAGCGCACGCAGACCGUCAUCGCCAAGGCCAAGACCGAGGACGACGAGUACAAAAAGAUGGGCGAGGCCAACUACUACAGCAUCGCCCACGCCAUCCACGAGACUGUGACCGAACAGGCGUCCAUCAUGGUCAAUGGAAAGCUGAAGGAGUACCAGAUCAAGGGACUCGAGUGGCUCGUGUCGCUCUACAACAACAAUCUCAAUGGCAUUCUUGCUGACGAGAUGGGUCUGGGUAAGACCAUCCAAACGAUCGCGCUCGUCACCUACCUGAUGGAGGUGAAAAAGGUGAACGGGCCGUACCUCAUCAUUCUACCGCUCUCCACCCUCUCCAACUGGGUGCUCGAGUUCGAGAAGUGGGCGCCCUCGGUGCGCGUGGUGGCCUACAAGGGCUCGCCGUCGGCCCGCCGUGCCAUCCAGAACCAGAUGCGCGCGGCAAAGUUCAACGUGCUGCUCACCACCUACGAGUACAUCAUCAGGGACAAGGCGGCUCUCUCCAAGAACCGGUGGAAGUACAUGAUCAUCGACGAGGGUCACCGAAUGAAGAACCACCACUGCAAGCUGACGUCGGUGCUGAACACGUUCUACGCGGCGCCGCAUCGGCUCCUGCUGACGGGUACACCGCUGCAGAACAAGCUGCCCGAGCUGUGGUCGCUGCUCAACUUCCUGCUGCCCUCCAUCUUCAAGGCGGUGUCUACGUUCGAGCAGUGGUUCAACGCGCCGUUUGCCACCGCCGGAGAGAAGGUGGAGCUGAAUGAGGAGGAGACGAUUCUCAUCAUCCGCCGUCUGCACAAGGUGCUGCGGCCGUUCCUGCUCCGGAGGCUCAAGAAGGAGGUCGAGUCCCAGCUCCCCGACAAGGUGGAGUACAUCAUCAAGUGCGAGAUGUCGGCGCUGCAGCGGUUGCUCUACCGACACAUGCAGAGCAAGGGCAUCAUGCUGACGGACGGCAAGGGCAGCGGCGCCGGCCGCGGCGGCUCCAAGGCGCUCAUGAACACCAUCAUGCAGCUGAGGAAGCUGUGCAACCACCCGUUCAUGUUCCAGCACAUCGAGGAGGCGUACUGCGCGCACGUCGGCAUGCCCGGCGGCAUGGUCACCGGGCCGGACCUGUUCCGUGCGUCCGGCAAGUUUGAGCUGCUGGACCGGAUCCUGCCCAAGCUGAAGCACUGCGGCCACCGGGUGCUGCUCUUCUGCCAGAUGACCCAGCUGAUGACAAUCAUGGAGGAUUACCUCAACUACAAGGGAUACAAGUUCCUGCGACUGGACGGUACCACCAAGGCGGAGGAGCGCGGUGACCUGCUGAAAAAGUUCAACGAGCCCUCGUCCGAGUACUUCCUGUUCAUGCUGUCCACCCGCGCCGGCGGUCUGGGUCUCAACCUGCAGACGGCUGACACGGUGGUGAUUUUCGACUCGGACUGGAACCCGCACCAGGAUCUGCAGGCGCAGGACCGCGCCCAUCGUAUCGGACAGAAGAACGAGGUGCGCGUCAUCCGACUCAUGUCCGUCAACUCAGUGGAAGAGCGCAUCCUGGCCGCCGCCAAGUACAAGCUGAACAUGGACGAGAAGGUUAUCCAGGCCGGCAAGUUUGACCAGAAGUCGACGGGAACCGAGCGGCGACAGAUGCUGCAGAGCAUCCUCCAGGACGAGGAUGUCGACGAAGAGGAGGAGAACGAGGUGCCGGACGAGGAGACGGUGAACCAGAUGAUCGCCCGUAGCGAGGAGGAGCUGCAGGUUUACCAGCAGCUGGACCUGGAACGGCGCCGGGAGGAAGCCAAACUGGGCGCGGCGCGCAAACCGCGGCUCAUCGAGGAGAACGAGCUGCCCGACUGGCUGCUCCGAGACGAGGCCGAGAUUGACGAGCUGACCGCCGAGGAGGACAAGGAGGACCUGUUCGGCAGGGGCAGCCGCGCCAGGAAGGAGGUCGACUACUCCGACAGCCUUAACGACAGAGACUGGCUCAAGGCCAUCGGCGCGGUGGAUGACGAGGGGAACGAGAUCCUCGAGGACGAGGAGGACGACGGCGGCAAGAAGCGCGGCCGGCGCGGCGGCGCCUCCCGCUCCGCCGGCGGACGGCGCCGCGACGACGACGACGCCAAGCGCAAGCGCGGCUCGCCCGGCGCCGUACCGGCCCGACUCAAACAGGGCAUGAAGAACAUCGUCCAGAUGAUCAUCGACUACGUGGACGCUGACGGCCGGGUGCUCAGCGAGCCGUUCAUGAAGCUGCCCUCGCGCAAGGACCUGCCCGACUACUACAAGGUCAUCCGCAAGCCGGUCGACAUCAAGAAACUGCUGGCCAGGAUCGACGAGGGCAAGUACGCCGACCUGGACGACCUGGAGGCCGACACGAUCCUCAUGUGCAAGAACGCGCAGGCCUACAACGAGGAGACGUCGCUCAUCCACGAGGACAGCAUCGUUCUGGAGCGCGUGUUCGCCAACGCGCGCGCCAAGGUGGAGGCCGAGCUGGAGGCGCAGUCCGAACAGGCCGACAACGAUGAUGCCGAGGAGGACGCCCAGCCGGACGGCGAGGCACCCUCCAAACGCAAGUCGCGAGGCAGGAGCAACGGCAGCAGCAAGAAGCGGCGUAAGCUGCGCAUCGUCGACGAUGACGACGACGAUGACGACGAGGAUGAGGAGACGCGCGGCGAGGAGAACGAGUGAAAGCUGUCUCUUUAGAAGAGGUGAAGCUGGCCUGAUUUCUGUCGCCUUUUUCGGUGUAGUUUGUUCUCAGACCCCGGUCGGUAGGUACAAUGGUGGCAGCAGGAACGUACUAUGUUUCUCGACUCGAUUCUGAUAGUGUUAUUCCCCUCCGCACAUCAGGUAUUUUUUAUUUCGCUCGCAUGUCCUGUGGUAGAUAGGUAGGUAGGUGUCGCUGUCGCCAGCCGCUGGCUUCCAUCAGUAAUCGUGAUGUUCUCUCUGACUGUGAACUCGAUACCGCUCGCUCUCGAUUGCAUUAUCAAUAUACUCGUACA